AGUUGUUUACGGAAGUGAUAUCAAGAGGCUAGGUUGCGCGCGCAACCGGUAGGCAGAAGGCAACAAUGGCCACCGACAACAAUGCGAAUCGCUGUAGCAUGGAAGUUAAACAAUGGUCAGAUUAUGUGCUGAAGUUAUCUGUUGAAGACCGCGAGAGGUAUAUUUCAAAGCUGACAUCUGGUGAGGGUACUCGUAGUUUGCCAGACCCUAUUGUUUGGCGAGCGGCUGGGUUGACGACCCGUCUUUGUGGCCGGCCAUAACAUUUACGGACAUAUAUUUCUAUCUUGUGGAUACACCAGGACAAUUCACUCACGACAGUUUGAGGGCGUACAAAUCCUUAAAAGCGUACGACUACGUGGAAAGUGGACAUGUUUACCCUAUCUUUUAUAAUGCAAUUGACGACCAGUCACCUUACUGCAUUUUGAAGACGAAGGUGAUUCCAUCCCAGCGCCUUCGUGACAAACCACAUCAGCCAUGGGUUUGUGUCAAGAAAUCUGAGGGGACAGUGUUUUGUGCCCACUGCACGUGUAUGGCUGGACUUGGAGAGGUAUGCAGUCAUGUGGCAGCCCUACUGUUCAAGGUUGAUGCAGCUGUGAGGGCAGGAUUAACCUCAAAAGCUUGCACCAGUGAAGCGUGCAAGUGGAAUGCUGCUUACAGAAAAGAACUCCAGCCCACCCCACUGUGUGAGGUUCAGCAUCUGUUUGGACGUCGUCGGAAGGCAAACACUCCAUCUGUGUCAGGAACAGGAAAAGCUCCACUUCCUGAUAUUGAAACACUUAAGUCGUUGAAAAGUGUAUGCCCUAAUGCUGUCUUUUUUAAGUGUAUUCCUCCACUAGAUGAAGAGGAAACCGACAGUGCUGAAGAAGAUGGCGAGACACAUUUGUUCCCCCCCCAACAAUUACAAGUCUUGUGUGUGAGGACAGAAUCACUGAUGAAAAUCUCGAGUCUGUUUGUGAGGAGCAGUGGAACUCUUAUCAGUGCGAACCGGCACAGAUUAGCAACUUGGAGGAAGUUACCAAGAACCAAGCUAUUAGCCCUCUUUGGUUUGAACACCGAAAAGGAAGAAUAACCGGAACCAAAGCCCAUGAUAUCUUGGUGAUGAAGAAGACCACAGAUCCAAAGAACACCAUCAUGAAGGUAAUGGGCUAUAACACAAAGGACAUCUCCAAGAAAGCUGCAGUUGCCUGGGGCAGUGACAAUGAGGCCAGAGCACGUAAACAGUAUGCGAAACAUCAGACAACACAGCAUGCUCAGUUUGCGUGUAGAACAGUGGGGUUACUGAUAAGUUUGCAAAAACCUUACAUGGCAGCAUCAAGUGAUGGCACUGUUAUGUGCAAGUGUUGUGGUAAUGGAUGCUUAGAGAUAAAGUGUCCAUACAAGCACAGGGACCAUGACAUAUCCACAGCAGUAAAUGAUAAGACCUUUUGCCUGGACAAGGACUUACACCUCAAGAAAGGACAUAAAUAUUACUCACAAGUGCAGCUUCAAAUGUAUGUGCAUGAUGUAACCUACUGUGACUUUGUCAUUUUUUACAAAUAAGGACAUGACAAUAGUCCGUGUGCCCAGGGAUGAUGAGUUUUGUUCAAUUCUCAUAGCAAAGUGUGACACAUUUUUCUUUAAACACAUUUUGCCGGAAAUUGUUUCAAGGAAA